CUGAACAUCGUUGAUCGCCAAGUGCUAUUUUUUCCCUCUUCAACACACUCGAACACACACUUUCGACAUGAGUGAAUUGGAAAUCGAAAUAAAUGUAGGAAAAGCUAUCCCUUCUCUAAACCUAAGUUUCUAACCAGUUAUGGGCUUCGGGUGGAAUUGUUAGAACCACAAGGACAGUCUAGGGAUCAGACCCCGAAUGGAUAUUCACCCAGGGCUGGGUCCGCCCAUUAUCACUCCAUUGGACCCUUUGUGGUCUGGGAGGUUAGGAUUGCAAAAAUUUGUGAGUGGGCACUGUUCUAAGAGCGGCUACGAGAAAACAUUAUAAAAGGGGAUUUGUCAGCAGAAACAUUAUCCUUCCUGAAAAUUAAUGGUUUUCAGCCAACUACGCGUCGCUCGAUGAAAUCCGAAGCCUUCUCAUAUGCGGAGCACAGGUGA